AUGUCAAAGCCGUACUCUAAGGACAAUGGCAAAGACCCCGCAGACAUGAGUGAGGGUGACUGGAGGUCGCGAGCUGACGCCGCAGCGACCGUUUCUAACGCCAUGUACGUCUCCAGAGCAGAUGUCUAUCGUGUGAACGGCAAGAAGACGAAAGCAUUUCGCCUGUGCAAGACCCUGAUGAAAACCAUCGGCAUCGUCUGCGCUGUGUUCAUCGCCAUACUGCAGCCGUACUUUGCAGUCAGAGUCACUACUCUUACAGCAGAAGUGAAGAACCUUCGCGCUUGGGCAAAACUGAGACCGCCGGAGCUAAAGGGCUAUCACGGGCCGCCCGAAACUCUGGGAGGAAAGGGACCCACAGAAUCCAAUGGCCCAAAAGGACCUGGAGGCCUGAUGGGGCCUCCCGGGCCUCCAGGCCCACCUGGGCCCCCGGGUGAGAAGGGGGCCCCCGGAACCCCGGGUCCAGCUGGGCUCCCGGGAGAAAAGGGUACUACUGGGCCGGCUGGCCCUAAUGGAACGAGCGGCAAGUUCCGAGCCCCCUCAGGCGCACUUGGGCCUCCGGGUGACAAGAGGGUCAUGGGGCCAGCUGGCCCUAAUGGAACGGGGGGCCAGUUCCGAGUCCACGGUCCUCCAGGUCCACCUGGUCCCCCCGGUGAAAAGGGGCCAACAGGGCCAGUCGGCCCGAAGGGAAAGGAUGGCGAGCGAGGAGUUCGCGGCCCUGCCGGACCACCAGGACGCAGCGGAGCGGACGGCCGCCCCGGAUCCGGACGUCCUGGGCCAGCCGGACCCCCAGGGCGCCCGGGCAAUCCAGGGGAAAAGGGAGCCAUGGGGCCAGCUGGCCCUAAAGGGCGGGACGGGCCACCCGGACCGGUCGGCGCCGAAGGGCUGAGGGGCCCUGCUGGGCCGCCUGGGCCAGCGGGAUACUUGCAGUGCAGAGCGGAGAAAGCGAGCUGCCACUUCCCGUUUGUGUACAAGAACCAGACGUACUGCUCCUGUACCAAGGUGGACUGGGAUAAAGAGUGGUGCUCCAAAACUGCCGUGUAUAACGGCUCUUGGAAGUCUUGCGACUAA